AUGAUUCGCCGUAUUAGUACUUCUGUAGUCUCACGUCGGCAGACAUCACUCUCCAUCAUUCCAACGAUGAAUCCUUCUGCUGUUCGUGAGUUCCACAAUCUUGGCAGUCUUGCGGCUUCUAUGCUCAUGUGUGUUGGAUGUGUGUUGUGCUUUGGAUCGUGGGCAAACAACUUUUGUAAUGUGCGAAAGUACGGCCGUUGGAGAUUUCGAAAUACGAUUGAUGAUGUUAUUAUGGUCUCGGAUUUUAAAACGGCACGAUAUAUAGGUGGAUUCAUCGGUUUCUUGUUUUACUGGUUUAUUGUAGGUCCAAAGAAGUACAUGUAUGAUAGUAAUCUUGCUGAUAUUCCAGGCAAUACCCGUAUUGGGCCAUUUUAA